AAAAACAAAAAAGGAAGAAGGAAAAUUUGUUCAACUCACGCCAUUGCCAUCCUUUCGGAAACUUUUCGAGUUUGUUUUAAGCUGCUUUCAUACAGUAGUACUGUGGACAGGAGUUUCAUCAGACAAGAAGUAUUCGCCUCUUGUUUUCAUCCAUGUGAGAGGAUUUACCGGUCGGGCGCACGCUUUCGUCGACAUUUUAUAGGAAACGAAGGGGAAUUUACAUGCUAGUCGUAUUUUAAAGACUUCACACAGACACCAGACAACCAUGUCGACGGCUAUCGGCACAUAUGCGAACAAGAAACGGAAGAAGCCCGUUCAGAAAAUCCCCAAACCCCCACCACCCGAAGGAGUCAAAUCUAACCCAUCCAAACGGCACAGGGAUCGACUGAACAGCGAAUUGGACAAGCUCACUAACCUGCUGCCCUUCUCAGAGGACGUCCGUGCCCGGCUAGACAAGCUCUCAGUUUUGCGACUCAGUGUUGGAUACUUGAAGGUUAAGAGCUACUUCAAUGCCACAAUCAAGAAGACUGGAGGUGGAUGGCUUGGUGAUCGAUCAGGGACGUUCGGAGGAAACGGACAGACGGCCACCAGUCUGGAUGGAGUCAGUUUUUCAGAAGGGGAUCUGCUGUUGCAGGCUCUCAAUGGCUUUGUGUUGGCGGUCACAGCCGAAGGCUACGUGUUUUACUCCUCUCCGACUAUACAGGACUACUUGGGCUUUCAUCAGUCGGAUGUGGUCCACCAGAGUGUGUUCGAGCUCAUCCAUACAGACGAUCGCGCAAUGUUUCGAAGGCAACUGCACUUCGCUCUCAACCCGGACGACAGCGACAACGGAAUGCAGAGCAGCAGUGACAUCACCAGAGACAUGGUGACCUACAAUCCUCAACACAUCCCUCCAGAAAACUCUUCCUUCCUGGAAAGAAGCUUUUGCUGCCGAUUUCGUUGUCUUCUUGACAACUCAUCUGGCUUCCUGGCCCUAAACUUCCAGGGAAGGCUGAAAUAUCUCCACGGCCAAAACAAACUGGCAGAAGACGGGACCAUGGUCCACCCUCAGCUGGCUCUUUUUGUCGUAGCCACACCCCUUCAGCCACCCUCCAUCUUGGAAAUCAGAAGCAAGACUCUGCUUUUCCAAACCAAACACAAGCUGGACUUCACACCUUUGGGAAUCGACACAAGAGGAAAGGUGGUUCUUGGCUACACUGAAAUUGAGCUCUGCAUUCGAGGAUCUGGAUAUCAGUUCAUUCAUGCUGCCGACAUGAUGCACUGCGCAGACAACCACAUCAGAAUGAUAAAGACAGGAGAAAGUGGUUUAACAGUCUUUAGACUGCUCUCAAAAGGAGGUACUUGGGUCUGGGUGCAGGCGAAUGCCAGGCUUGUGUAUAAAGGAGGACGACCUGAUUUCAUCAUUGCUCGACAGAGAGCAUUGACUAAUGAGGAAGGUGAGGAACACCUUCGACAAAGGAAGUUGCAGCUACCUUUCAAUUGCGCCACCGGUGAGGGGGUACUGUACGAGACCGGCCCCACACUGGACAUCACAGAGAUUCAAAAUCAGAACAAAGGUCAGAAGAUGCACAACCCUCCAUCUGUGGACCCAGAUUCUCUACUUGGAUCUAUGCUAAAGCAGAACCCUAGUGUCUACAAUCAGAGCAACGAUCCCAAUUCCCAGUUCAACCUGGACAGGGCCUUUAGGGAUAGCCAUGCCUUGCUUAAUGUUCCUGGGAACACCUGCCAGCCAUCACCCCUGAACACGAUGGCUGGGAUAAAGGAAGAAAACAAUGUCAAGGAGAUGGUGGAAUCCUUACAGCAGAUCAUGGGGGACAGCACUCUAUGUAACAGCAUGCAAGACCUCGAUGUCGACAAUUCGGAGCUGAAGGAAUGGGAGGCAUUUUUGGUCAGGAUAAACCAAAAUAACACGAUGGAUCUUGAUGAUAUCAUCACCAACGACAUACUUUCCUACGUCGAGGAUGCUCUUUUCAAGGACAAUGGUAUUCAGCUGCCCGACCAGCUUAAGGGCCAGGAUCCUUUUAUUGAGGUUCCAGAGAUGGACUUACAGAAUACCUUAACUGCUAACCAGGGAUUCAACGGCCAGCCGGGAAUGCUCUCGGGAUCCCCCGGUCAAGCUGGGUUUAUGGGAAUGAACAUGCAAGAGGUUGUGGAUGCCGGUAGUCCUGGAAGAGGGUUGGCGAAGCUGACCCAUAUUGGGCCGCAGAUGCCAAUUGUACCUAACAAUACUUUCGUCCAGUCGUUUGGACUGGAUCAGACACCCCAAAAGACACCCGGCAACAAUCAAGUUAUGUUUAAUUCUUCUCUUGGCAUGCCGUGUAGCCAGCAGCAGACCCAAGUCAGGCUUGGUCUUCAGCCCCAGCAGACCCUGUAUGGUGCCGUGAAAGAGAAUGGAAUCACACAAUGUGGCCAGAGAAACAUGCUGACUGGAAACCAGACCCAUCCCAACACAAUGUCUUUGCCUCUUCAAAACUCUAUAUUGCAGGGCACCGCCACCCAGCCAAUGGCCUUCCACAAUCAAAACUCUCUUUCCCAGCAACAAUCGAUAAAUCCCAACCCUCAGUGGGUACCAUCCGUGUCCGACACCAACAGUAUCGUGGAUAGCCUGAUAGACAGUUGUACCCAUAAUGUUUCAGUUGCGCAAGAUGCAGGACUGCAAUCUGCCCCUACCGCACACUUACAAGGACAGUUUUCUCUUCAUACUCAAAAUGUCGCCAAUCCAGGACUGACCGCCUGGCAGGUGCCCAAGUCCACUCCACAGCAGCUCCCUAAAUCACUGUCCGGUGGACAUCAGAAUAUGACCGGACUCUACGGAGACCCACUCGGACAGUUAAUGUCACAGACAAACACACAAGGAUUUGGGUCUGGCUUCCUGCCCCAGAAAACCGUUAGUAACGGCUAUCCUCAGCAGGUGGACACGAUUAACAACGGCCCUCAUCCGAUCGCAAACAGCUGCAUGUUCGUAAAUACCCCUCAACCCAGGGUAAAUGGGAUGCAGUAUGGUUCCGCAGAUCUGUCGUCCUGUCAGAUGGCUAAAGGUCUCUUGACCCAGAGUCCAACUCAAGCAUCUUGCUACUACCAAAGAGGACCUAGCGAAUCAAUCGUGGGUUCAUCGGUCAUCCCGCAAGAGGACACCAAUAUCAGUCCCAUGGCCUGCCAAGUCCCGCUAGGAUUGACUCCGGAGAACAUCAUUGCUCAGCAGUAUCUCUCCUGCAAUGGCCAGACACAGAUCGCAAGCCGCCCACUGGAAGAGGAAGCAACGUUCCACUUUCCACCGCUGGUCAACGGAACUGCCUACUUUUCCGAGAACAACCAAAGCAAUUGCUGUGACUAUUAGACAGAGAUGUCACCGACACGUCAUGAGUCUGACAAGCAGCGCACCUUUCUAUAAAAAAGUAUGCAUGCUUGUUUGUCCCUCGAAAGAGAUGCCUCCGCUUCUGAUGAAACUCUUGGCUGACGACCUUCAAGACUUUAGAAAUCUGAGAGCACACUCAACAACCACACUUAGUUUUACACUCACUUUCACAAUCUUUGACAAAUACGCAGAAUUUGUUUUUUUUUUUCGUUUAAAGCAUCGUCCUAUAUAGAUUUCGCUUCGUUUGGUUGUUUUGUUUUGUAUGCAUCACCACUCUGGCAAGGUAAACGCUGAGAGAGAGAGAGAGAGAGAGAUGUGUGAGCAAGUGUGUAUGUGGCGAGAGAGCCGAGAGUUAAAUUAUGAAGUAUGCAGAAGUUAAGGUGGAACCUUUUAAUUGCGGCAUAGAUUCCAGAGAAAAUGAUUCGCUUCGAGCACAAGAUGCUAUUUAUUGGGGUAAGUUUCGUCUCAAAAAGGGAACGGCAAUCUCAUUGGUGAGGAUACACAGGCCCUUUAUAUUGCUACCUAUGCACUUAAGAGGUCCCACCUGUAGACCUUAAACCCUAGUGUUAGCAUUGUACAGUAGCUUAGUCCUAAUAAUCCAGCGAGUGUGUUUUCAUAAUAUGAAUACUCUACUAAUGGCCUGCGGGUCGUUCACAGAAAAAUUGCCCUACAGCUCCGCCUACUUGGACUUUGCGGACGACGGCGAUGGACUGUUUAGCGUCCGAAUUUCUUACGGACGAGUCCGUAAAAUUGUUGGAUGUGAGAAAUAAGUGACGCCAUCAUAUUGGAUAUCCCCGAAGAGGAGACGCGUCACGUUUUCAACAGAAACGAACUUUGUGGCUGCUUUUGGUUUUUUUAUAUUGCAGGAUAUUUUUUCUUCAAGGAGUAAAAAUGAAUACGUAAAGACUUUAAUUCCCUUGGACAUCGUGCGUCCUCUCUUGCCACCCUUUUAACCGUAUGUUUAUUGUGUAUUACAACAGUAACAGAAUGUUAUGAUUCAGCUUAUCAUUUUUUUUCUUUUAUUUUGUCUUUUGUAUUUUUUUAAUGCAUAUAAUCAAAAUUAUGAAAAUGCCAAUGAGCCAUUUUUGUUCACUUUUCUGGUUAUAGAUUAUAUACGCCCUCGCUUUUUGUUAACGCUUUUGCUUUAAUUCUUAUGAGAGAAUUCUAGGAAUUCUUGAAUCUUGUUACGUGCCAUGACAAUCACACCGGUCAGCUGAUCCCGCCUCCAAAGAGAUUUCGCAAAAAAAACUUGUUGAAGAAAAAUAAUUGUCAAAGAAAAAGGAUGGGUUUGAUUUUCCAAUUGUUACGACCAAAGUGAAACUACGUAUACACUUCGUAUACGAGGCAUAAAGUUUGUAAUCCCCAUGUGCCUUAUUUUAGGAGAAUUUUAAAUAGUAAUUUAAUACGAUUUUAUAGCAUUAUGACACAUUUCUCAUAGCUUUGGAAAAAUGACUGUUGGUUGUUUCGUAAAAAAUGAAUCGCCUUCUUUUUGAAAGGCUCCGAUUUUGUACGUUUAAUUUUUUUUAUCAAUCCCGCUUAAUUUACUCGUAGAAACUUGUUGUGUUUUAGACUGUUGUUGAUCUUAGAGAUUGCACUUUCUCUUCUCGGCUAGGACAGAACAUGUGUGGUGUGAUAUAUAUAAGCCCAAAGCUUUUGUCCUUUCAUCGUCUAAAAUAGGAACACCGUGUGCCUUAAUUUCUUUCCCCCCUCAAGGAUAUUUCAUUUAUUCCCUCCAUUUUCUCUGUCUUUAAAUAAAACGAUUGUGGCUUGCGGAAGGAGGAACGGAUUUGAAAUGGCAGCUAUAAUUGAAUCUGAGAAGCAAUGUAUUUAACAACUGGUUGUUGUUGUUGUUAGCAUGGACGGAAUCGCUAAUGCUAGUUGACGCUAGUAUGCUACGUGUUGUACAUAGCCUCACAGUUUAAGUUACAGGACACUUACAUUCACACUUAUUUUGUGUUUUUUUUAUUUUGAGAUUAGCAACUUUUGUUUUCCUUUUGGUUUUUGUUCGUUCUGAACGCUAAAGGAGAUAAGAUGUAUGAUAAGAUGUAAAUACGCGCGUUCUCUAUUUGAUUGCCGGAUGUCUGGCAGCUUAGAGUGGAGGUUAGUAUGAAUACGCGAUUGAUGAUUGAUCUGUUUAGUAGUUUGUACUGUCGAUUUAAGAUCACGCACAAAUAAACGCAACGGAUUGGUUUGCGCAAAUGUGAUUUUCGCGUACCGUAUCGCACCGCGUGCGAUGCAAUGAACCCCGCCCACAGUAUAAUCUCGUAACUGCAUAUUAAACGAUCAUUACCAUUUGCAUUGGCUUUAUAUCUGGUAAUGCAGUUUCAUAUUCGCAUUCGUUUUAUAUUGAAAUAAAGAUGCUUAGGCUUAGAUUCGCACCAUUUUGCUUUCAUUUCCCGUUCCCUCAAAGUGCCAUUGAUUAAAACAGAUUUAUAUUUCAUAGACCUCACUAACAGCUUUGAACGCCCCCGUGUGCCAAUAAUCGGUAGCCUUUUGGACACCCAGCUCUUCACCACUAAACUAUACAAGAGAAACAAAAGCACUUAUUCUCGCAUAACGUGUUUGUGAGGUCGCUUCAUAUGCAGUAUCCUUGUUUAUUUGUUGUAUUUUUGUUCGUUUCUGUGCUUGUUUUUUUCACCCAGCAUUGUAAAUGCUUUCACGUGUAUUGUAUAUCUUAUUUUGUACAUUGUUUCGCACAACUUUAAAGUCUAUAUACGUUAACGGAUGUCCCGCAAAUACAGCCAUAAACAUACAUCUAUAUUAUGCAAUAUAGCUUUUGUUUGUUUGUUUUGUAUUUGUAUUAUCAAAUUGAUUCAUUUUUGUUGUUUCUCUUAAUACUCAUAUCUUUAUAACAUUAAAAGGUGGCUAUUCACUCAAA